UAACGACCGAAGAAUAUGCCAAACUAUCCGAAACCAAUUGCAUUCAUUUGAAAAAGUUUACAUAAUUCUUGGUAGUGAUAGUUGCAAAGUAUCAUACAUAUCAAUACAGAAGAAUAAGGAAAGGCACAAAAUAAGAAACUAUGUCGUCAUUAAGGAAAAAGCAAAAGGAUAUUGAAAAGCAAUUGAUUGAUAUUAUUAAUGCUCGAGGUAAUGAUAAUAAAUGUGGAGAAUGUGGAACAUUAUAUCCUACUUGGGCCAGUGUCAAUCUUGGUAUACUACUUUGUGGAAGGUGUAGUUCGAUACAUAAGAGGAUUUUAGCUCCUAAACAAUUAAGUAAUGUUAAAUCACUAACCUUAGAUACUUGGUCACAAGAACAAAUUGAUAAUUUAAAAAGAAUUGGUAAUAAGAAAUCAAAACGUAAAUGGAAUUCAAAAAGGAUUCCAUUUCCUUAUGAUGCUGAUAAUGAUGUUUCAUCAGCUGAACAAUAUAUUCGAGAAAAAUAUAUUUUAGGUAAAUUUAGAGAUGAUAAUAUUGAAAAUAAUGAUUAUGAUGAUAGAUCUAGUAGAUAUAGUGAUGACAAUUUAAAUGAAGUUGGUAGUAAUAGUGGUAGUAGAAGAAGAAGUAGUGCAAGCAAUAGAUCAAGAUCAAAUUCAAAUGCUAUUCCUCGUUUAAGUCAUAGAAAAUUAACCAAUCUUGAAUCAAAUCAAUAUAAUAAUCAAGCUUCAAAAAUUAUGAGUUUUGGUUAUGAAAAUCGUGAAACUAUUGUGGAAAGCUUAUUAUUAAGUAAUGGAAGUAUUGAUGUUGCUUUAGAUAUCUUAGAUCAAGAUGGUAAACUACAUCCAAAUGGUAUCCCAGAUACGGAUGAUAGUAACCCACCUCAAUUACCAAGAAGACCAGGAACUGGUGGUAAUAGUACCAAUGGUUCAGCAGUUCCAAGUUCUGCCAACUCUACCACACCAGCCAAUGAUUGGUGGAAUACUGCAGCUGGGGCUAGUGGUUCCAUUCAACCAUCUGCUUCUGCUGGUGGAGCACCACAAAUAUAUCAAUAUACUGAUCCAGUUACAGGUCAAGUUAGUUAUAUCGAUGCAAAUGGUCAACAAUAUCUUGAUCCAACAAAUCCUCAACAUCAACAACAAAUUUUAUUACAACUGAAUCCACAAUUGAUGGCUCAACAAACAAGUAAAAAUCAAAUUUUAUCCUUGUAUAGUCAACCGAACCAAUUCACUACUAAUGUAGCUGAACCGGUCCAGCCUGGUGGUAUCCAACAGCAGCAAACUCAACAACAAGCCCAACAACAACAACAACUCCAACAACCCGCAGUGGGCUACGGACAGGCUCCAAAUCAAGCAUUUUAUCAAUAUGGUCAACCAACACAAGGCCAACCUCAAUAUGGCCAACCUCAACAAUUUGGAGUCAGUACUCAAUUUACAGGGUUUGGAGGUCAAGUACCAGGUCAACAGGCACCAGUUGGUCAAUUCAAUGGAUACGGGCAACCUCAAGCUCCACCAUCUGCUAAUCAACAACAGUUUGGAGGAUGGAGAUAAGUAAUGAUCCUGUUUAGUUAUGUAUUAAAUAUAUAUAUAUAUAUAUACAUAAAUAGAUAACAAAAAAAAGUACGAAUUUUUG